CACUGGCACGAGAUUGGCGAUCUCUAUGUGAUUAUAGCCGACCACUUAUGUUCAUGGUUCGCGGGAGAAAAGCCCGUUCUCGCUCCUUUUAAUUUCUGAUUCGCCGAGGUUGGGAGCGGGCGAGCGGGUGUGAGAUCUUCAAGAGAGGGAACAAUCGGAUCGGCGAUGAGCCUCUUUGGUCUGGGAAGGAAUCAAAGGACAUUUCGGCCCAAAAAGAGUGCACCGUCUGGUAGUAAGGGUGCACAACUUCGAAAGCAUAUUGAUGCUACUCUAGGUAGUGGAAACUUGAGGGAAGCUGUAAGGCUUCCCCCUGGGGAGGAUGCUAAUGAGUGGCUUGCAGUUAACACUGUUGAUUUCUUCAACCAGGUGAAUCUUCUAUAUGGCACGCUUACUGAGUUUUGCACACCUGAGAACUGUCCUACAAUGACUGCAGGGCCAAAGUAUGAAUACAGGUGGGCAGAUGGUGUACAAAUAAAAAAACCCAUUGAAGUUUCUGCACCUAAAUAUGUUGAGUAUCUUAUGGAUUGGAUUGAAGCUCAACUUGAUGAUGAAUCUAUAUUCCCUCAAAAGCUUGGAACGCCUUUUCCUCACAACUUCAAGGAUGUUGUGAAAACAAUUUUUAAACGUCUGUUCCGAGUUUAUGCACAUAUAUACCACUCCCAUUUCCAGAAGAUAGUGAGUCUCAAGGAAGAGGCGCAUCUCAACACGUGCUUCAAACAUUUUAUUCUGUUUACAUAUGAGUUUGGCCUGAUUGACAAGAAAGAACUAGCCCCACUUCAGGAGCUUAUAGAAUCGAUUAUUGUUCCUUACUAAUGCUUAAACCUGUAAAUGCUAUUUACGCAAUAAUUUGCGGGUUUGUUAUUGAGACUAAUCUCCAGAAUUUGUGCUUUGGCUUUAAUUUCUAGUGUGUAACAUUUUGCAUUAUCGCUAAUUGGGUAUGUUAAUCAACUUCAAACUUGCUGGCCAUAGUAGAUAGUACACAUGAACCUCUCUUUUUCUUC